AUGGCCAGUGCAGCUGAGGAGAACGGCAGCGAGCCGAUCAAGCGAGAUGUUCGCAACCAUAUGCUCUUCGAGGUGGCCACCGAAGUCGCCAACCGGGUGGGAGGAAUCUACUCCGUCCUCAAGUCCAAAGCCCCGGUGACAACGGCGGAAUAUGGCGAGCGCUACACCUUGAUCGGCCCUCUGAAUCGAGCUUCGGCAGCCGUGGAGGUCGAGGAAUUGACCCCCUCAAAUCCUCGCAUGGUGGAAACCAUCAAGUCCAUGAAGGAACGUGGUAUUGAUCUGAUCUACGGUCGUUGGCUGAUUGAAGGAGCACCGCGCGUGCUUCUCAUCGAUACGGGUACUGGGUACAAGUACCUCGACGAAUGGAAGGGGGAUCUAUGGAACACCGCGGGCAUUCCUUCGCCGUCGGCUGACACGGAGACAAACGAAGCCAUUGUCUUUGGAUACUUGGUGGCAUGGUUCUUGGGUGAGUUUAUCGCGCACGAACGGCGCCGUGCUGUUGUCGCUCAUUUCCAUGAAUGGCUUGCCGGGGUUGCCCUCCCUCUGACUAAGAAGCGACACAUGGACUUGACAACUAUCUUCACCACCCAUGCGACGCUUCUUGGGCGGUACCUUUGCGCGGGCUCUGUUGAUUUUUACAACAACCUUCAUCAUUUUGACGUGGAUGCGGAGGCCGGUAAACGUGGGAUCUACCAUCGAUACUGCAUCGAACGAGCGGCCGCCCACACGGCAGACGUCUUUACCACUGUCUCCCAUAUCACUGCCUUCGAGAGUGAACAUCUGCUCAAGCGUAAGCCAGACGGUGUUCUGCCCAACGGAUUGAACGUCAAGAAAUUCUCGGCAGUUCAUGAGUUUCAGAAUCUCCACUCGCAGUCGAAGGAGAAGAUCAAUGAUUUCGUCCGCGGUCACUUUUAUGGUCACAAUGAUUUUGACUUGGACAACACCCUCUACGUGUUCACCUCGGGAAGAUACGAAUUUCGCAACAAGGGCGUUGACAUGUUCAUUGAAGGCCUGGCGCGUCUCAAUCACCGUCUGAAGGCCAGCGGAUCGAAGACAACCGUCGUCGCAUUCAUUAUCAUGCCUGCGCAAACCACCUCGCUCACCGUCGAGGCGCUGAAGGGACAGGCCGUCGUGAAGUCAUUGCGUGACACGAUUGAGAUGAUCGAACAAGGCAUUGGAAGACGCAUGUACGAGCGCUGUUUGGCAUGGAAGGAGGGUGAAAACAUGCCAGAUGAGAAGGAUUUGAUGGCCAGCCAAGAUCGGGUCCUCUUGCGCCGUCGCCUGUUUGCCAUGAAGCGACAUGGGCUCCCUCCGAUUGUCACCCACAAUAUGAACAAUGACCACGAGGACCCGAUCUUGAACCAGAUUCGUCGAGUCCAGCUUUUCAACCAUUCCUCAGAUCGUGUCAAGGUUGUCUUCCACCCCGAGUUCCUCAACUCUUCCAACCCGGUGCUGCCAUUGGACUAUGAUGACUUCGUCCGCGGGACGCAUCUAGGCGUGUUCCCAUCCUACUAUGAACCCUGGGGAUAUACGCCAGCGGAGUGUACAGUGAUGGGAGUCCCUAGUAUCACCACCAACCUGUCAGGAUUUGGCUGUUACAUGGAGGAAUUGAUCGAAAAUUCGUCUGAUUACGGCAUCUACAUCGUGGACCGCCGGAUGAAGGGCGUUGACGAUUCGGUGAACCAACUGACUGAGUUCAUGUAUAACUUCACUAUGAAGAGUCGACGACAGCGAAUCAACCAAAGAAACCGGACGGAGCGACUCAGCGAUCUGUUGGACUGGAAGCGCAUGGGAUUGGAAUAUGUCAAGGCUCGGCAGUUGGCUCUGCGAAGAGCCUACCCGUCCUCGUUUGGUAGCACCGAAGAUUUCUUUGAUGUCAUUGGGGGUACUGAACAGAAGUUGUCGCGGCCGCUGUCCGUUCCUGGCUCGCCUAAGGAUCGCUCCGGGGUGAUGACCCCUGGAGAUUUCGCAUCGCUUCAGGAGAUCAAGGAAGGAUUGAGUACCGAGGACUAUAUCGCCUGGAAGCUCCCUACCAACGAGGACGAAGAGCCCGACGAGCCUUUCUUCCCACUCACCCUGCGCACCAAGAAAGCCAGCGAUCGACCGUCGUCGCCGCUCGACCGGAUAUCGGUGAACGGCGACACUUGA